AUGACGAAGAACGAAAUGACCAAGAGUGCUGCCUCGCACAUUCAGAGCACGCAGGCCAAGGGAGGCAAAGACAUGUCAUCCAGCGGGUUCUCUGCUCGUGCACAGUCGGCGGCAGCUCAUAAUGAGAAUGCCUCUCGAGGCAGUGCAUCUGGAGGUGGCUAUGGCGACAACUCUGGCAAUCAAUCCCAGACGAAGAAGUAG